AUGGAUCGAAUUAUGCAAUCCUUACGGAGAAAAAGACGUCUAAAACAAAUUCAAUUGGUAGUAACAAAUGUAGUUGUAGUUCUUAUGAUGUAUUGGGUUUCGUAUAUGACAAGUAUUGCUACAGUUAGGGGUGUUCAAUUGAUCCAAAGUAAAAGAGAUAGAAAAAUAUUGUGCUUAAAAAUUAUGCAUCGCUUAAUACAAGAAAGUGAUGUGCAUUGCAAAAGUGAACUUCGGGUUAAUAGACAAACCUUUAAUAUUAUUUGUGAGAUGCUUAAGGAGAUUUCAGGCCUCACUCGGACAAAAAAUAUGUCUCUUGAUGAGAUAGUUGCCAUGUUUUUGUACACUUUAGCUCACCAUAAAAAAAAUAGAUCUAUUGCUCACUUUUUCAAAAGAAGUGGAGAGAUCGUGAGUCGGCAAUUCAACUUAUGUCUGAGGGCUAUACUUAAGUUGCAUGAGCAUUUGCUUUACAAGCCCACACCAAUAUUAGAAGAAUGUGAAGACGAAAGGUGGAAACCUUUUAAGAAUUGUUUAGGAGCAUUGGAUGGUACCUACGUAAAUGUAACUGUACAUCCCCAAGGUCGUGGUAAAUAUCGGACAAGAAAAGGUACCAUUGCUAUGAAUGUGUUGGGUGUUUGUGCACCCAACAUGCAAUUUAUCUAUGUUCUUCCGGGUUGGGAAGGCUCUGCUCACGAUGUGCGUGUUCUUCGCAAUGCUCUCACUAGGCCAAAUGGCUUUAGGGUUCCUAGAGGUAACUAUUAUUUGGUCGAUGGGGGGUAUACAAACUGUGAGGGUUUUCUUGCUCCAUAUAGAGGGCAACUAUAUCAUCUUAAGGAAUGGACAGAUAGACAACCACAAACUGCAGAAGAGUAUUACAAUAUGAAGCAUGCUCGAGCAAGAAAUGUAAUUGAAAGAUGUUUUGGGUUACUUAAAGGGAGAUGGAGUAUACUUAGAAGCCCCUCCUUUUUCCCUAUUCGAACUCAAGGACGUAUUGUGAUGGCUUGUUGUUUACUUCAUAAUUUAAUAAGGAAAGUGAUGCCCACAGAUGAUGUAGAAGAAGAGAAUAUGAGUAAUGACAAUUCCGAUAACGAUUCUGAUGAUGAAAAAUACGUUAGCUCAAGAUAUGUUUAA